UUGUCUUCUUCUUGACUGUUAUACCUGCCCGCCAUUUUUUCAAUAUAACAUACCCUCACUCAUAAGGCAUCGCUACCAUCUGCACGAUGCGCCCCAAGUCUUCAAAACCUACCAGCGAUGAGCUGCUCGCUCAAUUUGACGACUUGGGUGUCGACUCUGCCCCCGAGCAGCAGCCCUCCAAGGCGGCUCCCAAACCCACUACCGCACAGUCCGAGCAGGACAUCCUCGCAGAACUGGACAGUCUAGCUACUCAGCGCCCCAGCAGUGGCCCUGGCACCCCGCGCGUGUCCACAAACGAACCCAGACCUACGAUCAAGUCGCCCAAACCGGCUGCCACUACCACAACCCCCUCCACCGGCCGUUCCAGUGAAGAGAAACAGGCGCCUCGUAAGUCGGAAGAGAGCACCAGAGCAUCCGCUGCAGAGAAGAAGGCUGCAGAUGCUCCGAAGCCGGAGACUGAGAAGCCAGAGGCCCAGGAGAAACCUGCCUCGAGCGGUGGUGGCGGUGGAUGGUGGGGUGGUAUCUUUGCAACCGCCAGCGCUGCCAUGAAGCAGGCUGAGGCAGCGGUCAAGGAGAUCCAGCAGAAUGAAGAGGCUCAGAAGUGGGCUCAGCAGAUUCAGGGAAACGUGGGAGCUCUCAAAGACCUAGGUGGGGAGCUGCGCAACAUGGCUAUUCCUACGUUUACCUCCUUCAUCCACACGCUCGCCCCUCCCAUCUCGUCCCACGAACGUCUUCAAAUCCACGUAACACAUGAUUUGUCUGGCUACCCCAGCAUCGACCCUCUGGUGUACGCGGUGUUCUCGCGCGUGAUGGCGCAGGUCGAAGGCGGGGAUCUCCUUGUCAUCCAGCGGGGUCAGGAGUCAGCCCCGAAGCGCGGACUGGAUAUCGGCGGCGCCCAGUUCUCUGGCCCGGGCUGGCAUGAUGGCCCAUGGUGGCGCACCGUGACGCCCGGCAGCCCUCGCACUCUGUCGGCCAUCCGAGGCACAGUCGAGGCCACCAAGCUUGCGCGGGCCAGCGCCGAAGCCUACGCUACUGAGUACUUCUCGGCCAAGGGCGGCGUCGAAGCGGCUGCAAAACAAGCUACCCAAGAUCUAAGCGAGACCAACCCGGUUCGCAGCAGCGACAUCUUCCUCGCGAUCCAGGCCAUCAGCCAGACCACCUCCACCGAACUCUUCCAGGCGGGCCCCACAACCGACCAAGCCACUCCAGCAGGCGUUGUCGAUGUGCCCGAAGCCGCCGAGGAAGAAGUCGUCUUCGCCCUGUACCUCCACGACCCCAUCCACGGCAUCGCCUUCCACACGCUCUCCCAGGCCAUCCCUCAGAAAUGGAUCGACUGGCUCGAGACCCCCGCUAUUCCAGUGGAGGACCCUGAGUCCGAAGACGCCAGCGUCCCUCGUACCACCAUUCCCGACGACAUCGCCGACAUUAUCGAGAACGGCGGCGUCGACCCCCGAGAAUGGGCGGCCGAGUGGAUCGAGGAGAGCCUGUCCCUGGCUGCGGGGCUGGUUGCACAACGCUACGUGGCGCGGAGAAUGGGCGUCGGCGAGGGCGGACCGGCCAAGGGCAAGAUGCGUGCUGAGCAGGCAUCCGUGGUGGACAGUGGCGCAGGCGAGGCCGCACGCGCGAUUUAGAGUUAGGUUGAUGUGGUGGAUACGUCGAUCAAUCCUGUUCUUAUUCCUUAUCGUAUUUGCGUCUUUUACUCUUUUAUCUUGUCUGCCUUUUUUUGGGGCGUUUGUCAACCAUUCACAUGACCACAUGAUACGAUACGAUCCCACUUUCCACCCCCACAUAUUCUUAUCUUCGUUCUAUUGAGCCAUGACAUGACAGUUUCUCCAUAUUCGCGCCAUCUGCGGCGUCCUUAAU